UAUCUAAAUUAAACUUGAACCACUUGUACAUUGUGUUCAUAUUGUAAGUUUUACUGAAAUUUAAGGUUAGGCUUUGUUCAGUGUACACAUUAACUGGAAUAGUGAAGUAUUUUUAAACGCAGAUUACCAGUUCAACAAGAUUCCAGAUGUUGGAAACCGAGAAAACAAUGUGACAAUUCUAGGAAUGUUCUUUGAUAAGGUGUGACCAACAGCUGAGACUUCUUUCUCUUUGAACCGCGGCUUAUGCCAAAAAUGAUCAUUGAUUUUUGCCUCAGAAACCAUUUUAAAGAUGCUUAGCGAAAGUCUGUUAAACUCAAAAAUUACUGUCAGGUAGAUAGAUACGAUUUCUCUAUGAGUUUUUGUUCCUGAUGGAAAUGUGUUUCUAUGAUUUAUUGUUUUUGAUGCACAAUCCUGAUUAUGUGAACAUGUGAAAUGAAAAUGGGUGUGUUGAGGCGUGUUGACGUGUUUUCCUCUGUGACAAAACAGGGACUGACAGUCUGAAUGAUCACAAUGUCAAAAUGGAAACACGCCCAGUCCCUGAGAUACUCAGACACGUAUCAGUCUUACAGGCGAUCAACACCUGUAGAGCACAUCAAGUGUUUCUGUGUUGAUGAGAGGUCGUAUAAGGAAUCUGCUGAACUUUCCUGGUCGUCAUGAAGCUGCUUCUUUCUCUGAACCUCAUCUGGGCGCUCACCAGCACAGGUGUAGCACUUGUGUGUGAAACUUGCACAGAUGCAGAUGUUACCUGUUCAAACACAUCAGCAGUUACAUGUCCCACAGGCACGAUGUGUAUCACAGCUUCCAGUCAAGCCGUUUCAUCUGGGACUCCUGGACAGCAAAUCUACAAGGCCUGUGCCCCCCCCUCCCUGUGUCCAGCCACAGGCUCUCAGACAUUUUCAGUUAACUUGGGUGUUUCGAGUUCACUUGCAAAUGCUACAUGCUGCAACACAGACAACUGCAACUCCAACACUCUGCCUUUCCCUGUGGUUCCAGCAGUUAACGGUCUGCAGUGUCACAUUUGUCACCCCACCACCUUUGAUUGCAGCUCUUCAGUGCAAUGUAGGGGAACAGAGGAUCGCUGCUUUGAAGCUGUUGUGACAACUGAGAACGGCACUUCUCCAGCUUUCGGCUGUUCAUCUUCAAAUCUGUGUGCAGCUGCUGCCAGCCUGGGGUCACUGCCUUUCGUGCAGGAUGUCGGUAACAUUACCAGUGGACCAGCCUGUUGUGGGACUAGUUUGUGUAACACUGUCACUACAGCAAUCAAUUCAACCUCUACCCCAACAACAACAACCAUUUCCCCAACAACAACAACCACUACCCCAACAACAACAACCACUACCCCAACGACCACAACUACAGCUCUAACCAUGACCAACUCAGGCCCAGGUGUAGCACUUGUGUGUGAAACUUGCACAGAUGCAGAUGUUACCUGUUCAAACACAUCAGCAGUUACAUGUCCCACAGGCUCGAUGUGUAUCACAGCUUCCAGUCAAGCCGUUUCAUCUGGGACUCCUGGACAGCAAAUCUACAAGGCCUGUGCCCCCCCCUCCCUGUGUCCAGCCACAGGCUCUCAGACAUUUUCAGUUAACUUGGGUGUUUCAAGUUCACUUGUAAGUGCUACAUGCUGCAACACAGACAACUGCAACUCCAACAUUCUGCCUUUCCCUGUGGUUCCAGCAGUUAACAGUCUGCGGUGUCACGUUUGUCACCCCACCACCUUUGAUUGCAGCUCUUCAGUACAAUGUAGGGGAACAGAGGAUCGCUGCUUUGAAGCCGUUGUGACAACUGAGAACAGCACUUCUCCAGCUUUCGGCUGUUCAUCUUCAAAUCUGUGUGCAGCUGCUGCCAGCCUGGGGUCACUGCCUUUCGUGCAGGAUGUCGGUAACAUUACCAGUGGACCAGCCUGUUGUGGGACUAGUUUGUGUAACACUGUCACUACAGGAAUCAAUUCAACCUCUACCCCAACAACAACAACCUCUACCCCAACAACAACAACCUCUACCCCAACUACGACAACAACUACUCCAACAACAACUACCCCAACAACAACAACCACUACCCCAACAACAACAACCACUACCCCAACUUCGACAACAACUACUCCACCAACAACUACACCAACAACAACAACCACUACCCCAACAACAACAACCACUACCCCAACAACAACAACCACUACCCCAACUACGACAACCACUACUCCAACAACAACUACCCCAACAACAACAACAACUACUCCAACAACAACUACCCCAACAACAACAACCACUACCCCAACAACAACAACCACUACCCCAACUACGACAACAACGACUCCAACAACAACUACCCCAACAACAACAACCACUACCCCAACAACAACAACCACUACCCCAACGACCACAACUACAGCUCCAACCACGACCACCUCAGGCCCAGGUGUAGCACUUGUGUGUGAAACUUGCACAGAUGCAGAUGUUACCUGUUCAAACACAUCAGCAGUUACAUGUCCCACAGGCUCGAUGUGUAUCACAGCUUCCAGUCAAGCCGUUUCAUCUGGGACUCCUGGACAGCAAAUCUACAAGGCCUGUGCCCCCCCCUCCCUGUGUCCAGCCACAGGCUCUCAGACAUUUUCAGUUAACUUGGGUAUUUCAAGUUCACUUGUAAGUGCUACAUGCUGCAACACAGACAGAUGCAACUCCAACACUCUGCCUUUCCCUGUGGUUCCAGCAUUUAACAGUUUGCGGUGUCACGUUUGUCACCCCACCACCUUUGAUUGCAGCUCUUCAGUACAAUGUAGGGGAACAGAGGAUCGCUGCUUUGAAGCUGUUGUGACAACUGAGAACGGCACUUCUCCAGCUUUCGGCUGUUCAUCUUCAAAUCUGUGUGCAGCUGCUGCCAGCCUGGGGUCACUGCCUUUCGUGCAGGAUGUCGGUAACAUUACCAGUGGACCAGCCUGUUGUGGGACUAGUUUGUGUAACACUGUCACUACAGAAAUCAAUUCAACCUCUACCCCAACAACAACAACCUCUACCCCAACUACGACAACAACUACACCAACAACAACAACCACUACCCAAACUACGACAACCACUACCCCAACAACAACAACCACUACCCCAACAACAACAACAACAACAACAACAACCACUACCCCAACAACAACAACCACUACCCCAACAACCACAACUACAGCUCUAACCACAGGAACUAUAGCCUCAACAACAACAACCACGACCACCUCAGCCCCAGGCCCUGUAGCAAUAAUCUAUCUCAAAAUGAAAAUCUCCAUGUCUGGUGAGCUCAGCAAUGAAACCAUCGCUGAGCAUAUCAAUCAGUUUAUGAGAAUGACGCUCCUGAACAGCACAGCCUUCACAGUGAACGUAAAAUCCAUUCAAAGGGUCAAAGUUGCCACAACAACAACAACAACAACCACUCCCCCAACUACAACAACUACAACAGACACUACAAGCGUCAGGCUUCCCGGGUAAAAGCUCCAUGGGGACAGUGACUGUACUACAAUUGUACUGGUGGUAUAGUUUCAACACAAUGUAAAAGUGCAGUUCAUCAUAAUGAUUUUAUUAUAAACAGUUAGCUAAACACAACAGAUGCAAUUGUGCUCAACUGUGCUGCAAAGAUUCACAACAUGCACCUUUUAUUUAGUUAAAUAACAUGUAAAAUAUUGUAAAACAUAGAGAAGUGCAUUUGACUCAAGUAUCAUGUUAUUUUCACAGUAAACUGGGUAUCUCAAAACAAAAUAUUUGAUCUGUCAAAGAGAUGUUUUUUUAAUUAAUUGGUGUCUGUAAUUCCCAUGCACUGUAACUAGAGCAGUAGCUGCCAUGCUGGUCCAAGUAGACAGGAAACUCUCAAACAGUUUCUCGCUCACUCCUCCCUUCAUUUCUCAUAAAUGUGAGCAUACCUGGUUUUUCAGGUUAUAUGAACGCAGCCUCAGUCACUGCUACCUUGUCACACUCUCUGUAUCUGAAGGAGGAGCAAAGCACAACUUAGGCACAAUACUAAUCAAAGAAAAACUACCUCUCUGCUCUUGUAGUUGUGCGGAGUAACACGACCCAUCAUGGAGAGAACAAUCCUCUUUUGCAUGUUUUUGCUUGGAUAUUUUCUUGCCUCCUGUGCCGAAGGUCAGAAUUCAUUGCAAUUAUUGUCUGCAUUUUAUGAUAAGUAAUUUAGGAGGGUAAACUGUAGAGGACUUGAAGAUCAGCUCAGUGGUGAUUAGUGAUUCAUGUGUGCUUAUCUGCGAUAUCUGUUUGAAAUUCUGAAAAAUUGUGUUAUAUGUUUUUUCCUGCUUUUGGUGUCUGCUUGAAAAACGUACUAUUGUUGUUGAUGAAAUAAAUAUAAUUUGCUGCAAGCAAGAUAAGAAAACAUAAUUAAACUGCGAAAAGAAAACGUGUUAUUUUGUUGCAAAACGUUAUAACACAGGAUUAAUUAAGAAUAAUCAUGAGAAUAAUAAAAAAUACGACUGUUGGACUAAACCAUCCUAAAGUUAUAAAAACUUAGUAAAGGGUUUCCACAGAUGAAUCAAGUAAUUACUUGAUUACAUGGGAUUGAAUAGAAACAAUUCAUUGGGUUUACUUCAUUUCCAAGAUGACAUUUGAUACUUGAAUGGCUCUUUGUCAAGGACAUAGGAGAAUCAUGAACAUGUACACAACUGUUAAUCCUGGCCGGCAGACUCAGGUUCCACUCUCUCACCUUGAGUGGAUUUUUCAUUAGUUUAUUUGCAGCACUUUAACACACUGUAUACAUGUCUUACAUCGGAUUGUUAUUAAUACUACAAAAGAGAAAAUAUAAAUUCACCUUGUAAAAGAGACUCUUCAUCUCAAUGGGACUAACAUGGUUAAAUAAAGGCUAAUAAAAUAAAGACCAACAGAAUUUCACUCAAGGCCAAUUUCAAAUUGCAUGACAUCCUUUCAAGGCAACAUUAAAUUAUUAAAGAGUUGUAUCACAGCAGCUCUCUGACACUGGGUUGGAGCUUCUUCUCUAGGGUUAAGCCUGGUGUCAAAUGGUAGUGAUGAAGAUGCUGCUUACAGCUGGUUUUCCAGGCUUGGGUCAGCAAAUCUUGAAAUUGAUUCUGAACUGGUUCACAGCAGUGGCUUGUUAGACAUGGUGUAUAUAGAACUCGAUCAGAACAUGGUUGUUAGGUAAACUUGAGCUUGGCAUUGCUUUGCAGCUCAGUCCUUUAGUUUUCCAUGUUGUGCUUUAAAUAUGUUCAGUUCAUUUUGUUCACUUUGUUUGAACAGCAGCCUUUUAUUUCCUUGUAUUAAACUUGGUAGAAACUGCUGUUUGAAUGCCACCAAAUUAUUAA